CCCCCCCGCGCCACGAGGGAUCCAUCGGCAACGAUCGAACGUCGAUCCACCACCACCUUCGAUCGAGCGUUGCGCGGAGGCUCGUCGGUCGUUCGUUUCGCCACACCGUCACCCGUCUUCUCGCGAGUUGGUUGUUUAUCAUCGCGGAGGGAGCAUCGUACGACCUCGCCAGGGUGUUUUCGCGCGGUGACGGAACGUGUCGGAGCACAGUCAGCUAAGCGCCGGUGGUCCGAGCCAGGUUUCGCGAUACGCGAUACACGUCCGCGAGCAGUGGGUGAGAAGUGGUGGCAAGUGAACCCCGCGAAUUAUUCUCGCGAAAGAAAUCUCCGCGCGUGAUUACGACCCUCCGCGACUCCGGAAGGAUACGCGCUCCCACGGGCCGGGAAGGGGGGUGGGGAGGGCAGUCAGUGAAAAGAGAAACAGUGAUACGGGGACAGAGACAGGGAUAAAGAGAGGAGGUGGUGGCGGUGACUGGGAAGAGAGGGAGAAAGAAAGAGUGAGAGAAACCCGUUAAGGCGGUACGAGUAACGUGUCGGUAGAAGUUCUUGCGAUUGAUAGAGGGACCGAGAGAGAGAGGAACAGAGCGAGGUCGACGAAGGUAAUCGGUAGCAUCAACCUGCGUGCUUCGACAAGACCGAUUAAAGGCGAGCGAACGACGAUCCUUUCGUCUUCUUUGUCGCUAAUUCCCUUCGUCGAAGGCGUUUCGUCGAUCGUCUCCUAACCGCCGAUCGGAUUCACCCAGGAUCAUUCGCAGUGUAACGAGUACCCUCGGCGAUAUAUCGGACACGGGAAGUCAGAAACGAUUCGGUCGGUCGUUUUCAUUCAGGAUACAUCGAACGUCGCCUCGAUGCUACCUCGUAAACCAAUCCCGUGGUUUCCUAUCUUCGCGAACAAGCCGUUCUGACUACCGCGAGCUGGUUCCUUCGACCGUGUCGUUGAUUGCUCCAUCCUACCGCGGAAGAACCGCUGCCACGGCGGUCAGCGAUAAUGCGAGAGUACCGAAAACGCGGUACAAGGACGGUAACAGAGGACCAGUUGCCGCAUCCUCGGUGUUCGGCGAGAAGCUUCCAAGCGAGCCUGUGUUCGGCGAAACCGGAGUAACCAUGAGGUGGUCAUCGUAUUCUUCCAUCGUAGACGCGCCUUUUCACUCUUGCGACUGCCACCGCGACCAAACGAAUCGCCGGUGGCUCUGAUCCAGCUGAUCAUCGACGGGUGUACAAGUUCGCCGGACACGGAGGCCGACGUGGAAAACGAUAGAACGAGCAAAGAUACGAGCGCCAGCGAUAUCGAGAUAAAAGCGAGGAAGCGGCGCGUAGAUAAGAAGGAGGGCUCGGAAAGGAGUGUGGAUGAGACCGUCAUGCCCGCUGAGAUCGACACGGGCGGGCCAAGGGUGCUGCACUGUGAUUACCGUGCCGACUGCCCGAUACCGAUCGUAGCCUCAGCUUCCACCGAGUCUUCCUUGCGCCGCGAUAAUAGAGCCGUUCGAGCCUCCAUCGCGCGACGACUACCGCGGAUCGAUUCCAACGAAUCGCUCGACGAAGAAGCUACGAAGUCUCGUCGUUGCUCCGUUUUGCCAUCGAGACGAGCAGGAUCGAGAGGAUUCCAAAGAACCGAGCCAAACGUUCCUAGGCUUGCCGAUGCGUCGCAAGCCAUCCGAGAUGAUCGCGAUGACUCUUGCCUGGAACUGCCAGAGUCCAGGCUCCGCGGUGUCGUCGACGAGCACGCGGAGAAUUCAGUGACAAAGCGUUGGCGAUUUCGUGCUUUCGAUCCCACGAGGAAUCGAUUCCCGAGCGGGAACGACGGGGAACGGGGCUGCUGCUCUAAACGCGAUUUCUCGGCCGAGAACUGGCCGCAGGUCCACGCAGCGGAUUGCGUGCGAAUAGGGAAGGCAUUGUUCUCUAGUCAGUCGAGCGACCGAACCUACGAGAAGCUCGUUCCAGGGAGCGUGCUUCCGUCCUUGGUCGAUGAAACGUGGAAGGAAGUGGACUCGACGAAUUCCUGGAGACGUGAGUCGUGCGUCGCCAAGGUCGCGCCGAGCGUUCGCCAGACCGAGUUUCCUCGUGACGACGGGUCCACGAGGUGUCCCCGGGGAACGAGGAAGAAGAGACGCGAGUGUCCAAACAGCCGUUCGUCGUACAUUCGGUUAGCCUUUCUCCUGUUCCUCGUCGCGUUCGGGCAGUGCGGGCUCCGUAAAUCGAGCGUGUUCAACUGCAGUGCGAGACCGAGUACCGGCGUGUUGAGUGUAUUCGCGAUUGGCACAGUUAUCAGUGCAGUGAGUGCCGCGCCGGUUGAUUUAACGGGCGAUGCCGGCGUGAGGGCCGAACGAUCCGCCAAUUUGUCCCACAUCACCGGCGCUUCCAGGAAAAUACAGAUGUACAUCAAGAAUCGACAUCUACAGAUCCUGCCGGAUGGCACGGUGAACGGAUCCAACGACGACACGUCGGAUUACAAACACCUUUAGGAAAAAGCC